CUUCCUAGUGUAGGGUUUCAUUCCCGUCCACACACACCUCCUCUGCGCACAGGCGGGCUUGUCGCUGCGAUUUGGCUCCAGACUUUUGUCAGGACGCGUGUCUCAAGCCACCUGAAAGGUGUCCGCACUGGCUUUUAGGGGCCCCGCAGCAAAGGACAAGAGAGAAUGGACGUUUCCGUGCAAACUUUAUGAAGAGGCCUUGAUUUCAUUCGUCUGCAAUCGGAGGGAAACACCUCGCCUCUGCUGAGGGCGCGUACCUGUGCAGACUUGUCCACAGCCCGUUAGGAGGGACUCCAGUGGGGGAGUCAAGGCCGAGGAGACACACCUUACCCCCCACCCCCACCCUCUCUGUCUGCCUGUCCCUCUCUUUCUCUGAAAGCGGAGGAAUCUGAAAACUGAGAUGUCGGCAAAUGAUAGAUCAACGCGAGCACUGAGGGAGAUCCUGCAAAACCCUGGAAAUGACGCUUGCGCAGACUGUGGCGCACCCGAUCCCAGCUGGGGCUCCUGCUCCUUGGGUGUGUUCAUCUGCCUGGCCUGUUCUGGGAUUCACCGCAAUAUCCCCGACAUCAGCAAGGUGAAGUCCCUGAGCCUUUCACACUGGGAGGACCACGAGGUGAAGUUCAUGGCUGAGAAUGGUAAUGAGCUGAUGAAGAGUAAAUAUGAGGCUGCUGUUCCCGUCUACUACUACAAGCCAACCCACAAAGACUGCCAGACGUUGAGGGAGCAGUGGAUUAGAGCAAAGUAUGAGAGGAAGGAGUUCUCUGAGCCUGGGAAGAACUUUAUAUAUGAGGAAGGAACUAAAGAUGGCUUGUUGAUGAAGAGGGGGCGGGACAAUGGGCAGUUCCUCAGCAGGCGUUUUGUCCUCUCAGAGAGGGAGGGGACUUUGAAGUAUUUCACCAAAUAUGACGCUAAGGAGCCCAAAGCAAUAAUCAAGGUGGACACCAUCAACGCAACCUUCCAGCCCGAGAAGAUAGGAAACCCCAACGGCCUGCAGAUCACCUACCUCAAAGACUACAGCACCCGCAACAUCUUCGUCUACCAUGACAACAGCAAGGAGAUCGUAGACUGGUUUAAUACGAUUCGUGCAGUUCAGCUUCACUAUUUAAAGGUGGCCUUUCCUGGGGCUACAGAUGCUGAGCUGGUACCCAAACUUACCCGUAACUUUCUGAAGGAAGGAUACAUGGAAAAGACAGGUCCCAGGCAAACGGAAGGCUUCAAGAAACGCUGGUUCACUCUGGACCAGAGGCGACUCAUGUACUUCAAAGAUCCGCUGGAUGCCUUUGCCAAGGGUGAAGUGUUCUUGGGAAACAAGGAGCACCAUUACAGCGUCUCGCCCGGCUUGCCUGCUGGCACCUACUGCAAUGGCGCCUGGCAACACGGUAUCACCAUAGACACACCUGAUCGCAGCUUCCUGUUUACUUGUGAGUCAGAGAGUGACCAGCAGGAUUGGCUGAAACACUUCACUGAUGUCAUGAAUGCUCCAAUGUCCCCUCAGGACUACACAAUGGAAGCCUUGUUCAAGCACAGGCAUUGAUGGACCAGCGGCCUGUGGGACCAUCUCCCCUCCUCUCUCCCCAGCCCAUCACCAAUCUGACACCGGACUCACUCAGCUCUGCCUCUGAGCGUGCCAUUGUACCAACAUUUGAUCUUCAUCACUACUAUGGUCAGACUGGAGCUUGUUCCAAGUCCCAAUGCUGUUCUUUGACAGUGGGGUUAGAGAUGCAAACAAGAGGAUCAAUGCAACGUCCAGUGGGAAAUUAAAAAUGUUAUCUGGCUAAAAGAAACAGUAAUUGUUGAUAACCAAUAAGAUUGUCUUUGAUUUUGUUGUGGUGGUGUUUUUGCACUGCACUGGUCAACCAAACAGUCAGUGCAGUUCUAUAACAUAUUUCUUUUUCGGACUUCAUGUAACACAGUUCUAGAUGUUGAUUUUUAUUUUCAUCAUGGUAAAUAAUGAGUUUCUAGGUUUGUUAAAUAAUUAAUGUGAGAUUUAAGAAAAUGGCAUUUAAUGUGACCGGUGCCUUGGUCCUCUUGUCCUCUUGUAUCACGUAUUUUAUGUUAAAGGUCCAGUGUGUAGGAUUUAGGGGGAUAUAUUGACAGAAAUGGAAUAUAAUUUAAUAAGUAUAUUUUAAUUAGUGUAUAAUCGCCUGAAAAUAAGAAUCACUGUUUUUGUUAUCGUGGAAUGAGCCAUUUAUAUGUGCUUAGGAGGUGGGUCCUCGUCGCACUGCCAUGUGUCUACAGUAGCCUGGGGCGGACAAACCAAACACUGGCUCUAAAUAGGGCCAUUCACGUUUUGCAUUGGCAACCAUAGUGAGCAACUCCUCAACAAUGAACAUAGGACACUUUUUUAGAUGUAAAACUGCUUUAUUCAGUGUUUUACCGGUUUAAAUCAGUGGGUCAGUUUGUUUCGGAGAGGAUAAAGCUGAAAACAGACAAUCAUGCAAAGUUAUUACACUUUUACUGAAAGAUCUGUACUUCCUCCAUCUUUGCAUCAGCUUUAACUCAUGUGUGGAUAGCCCCUAAUUAAACUUGAUUUCUCACCUGAAGAGCGAUCUUGUUUAACUCGGAAUAUUUCCUGACCUCAACGAGGUGACCUCAGCUACAGAGCUCUCUUUAUACAUCAGUGGUGAGGGGAGGAGUCGAGCUGCUAUAGGACCAGAGAAAAAGAGCAGUUACAGAAGUUGGUCCGUACAAGCAGAGAGCGAGUGGGGGGAAAAAUGCAUUUAAUUCCAGGGGCGACAAGGCUGGAAAUAUGACAGUGGCGUCAAGUGCGGCGUCCAGAAGUGCCGACGUGCAUCCAGCCACCAGCGGGGGUCGUACAUUUAACAUAACGGGCGUAUUUUUUGACGUGCACCGUUCCCUACCAGUUAUUUUUUUUUUGGUCUAAACUUGUAUAGAUAACUUCUGCUGAAAUCCUCCUGAACCUUUGGAUCUUAAGUUAUCAGAGGAAGAAGGUGUUUUACUCAUAGAGGAGAGGAAGAGACCUCUGUGGAUAGUUUGGCUCCUGGUAGAAAACUCCUGAACAAUAAACACUGAAGGAAUUCUAACCAGGAGAAGUUUAAGCAGUCUGGUUGCAGUCUGCAAUCCUCACCACUAGAUGCCACUAAAUUCCCCUAAAUCUUACACACUAGACCUUCUAACCUUCUAAAAAGGUACAGGGAGUCAGAUUGCUCAGUCAGGUACAGACCAUCAACAGCACAGAAAACAACUAUGUCUGCGAUGGAUUCAGAAUUCCUUUUGAUUUCUCUCUCCCUUUCUUUUUUUUUUUAAAGCAAUGUCAUUUAUUGGUUGUUUUAUGUAAUCUUUGUAACUACUCAUGACUUGCAUGAUUUAGAUAGAGCAUUGCAGUCGGUGCAGCUCGGUGUAUUGUGCUGUUUCAGUCAGGGAGUUUAUUUUUAACCAAAGCAAUAUCUUCACACUACAUGACUUUUUUUAUGAUUUAUUUGCUUUAAAGACAAGUGUUGAUUUUGUAAAACUGUUUUUAAAAUGUGCAAGUACUUCUAUCAAAGAUGUAACCAAAUGACAAUAAAGGGGAUUUGCAAAUGGAUUGGGAUACAAAAGCUCAGAGCACUCCAAGCCAUUACAUGGUCUAACAGUGCCUCCAUGUGGCGUACAGUACAUACACUAAGUCUUUAUUAAAAGCAAUACCAAUAAUAAGUUAUUUCUACCAUUUUUCAGAUAAAAAAAAACAAUUAAUACAUUUUAUUGGUAUAUUUUUGUUGUUUCAUUUUCUGUUUUUUGGUUAAUGAUGUACUCACAUUACAUAUUAAUUUGAUGUCAUUUUUAAAAUAUAUUUCUAUGCUUGUGCAUGGCAGACUGACAUACCACAUGAAAAUAUUGACAAUCACCAAUAAAAAAAAAAUUUCCUCUGGAAGUUGUCAAGGAA